UUAGUUGUCAUUUCAAUUAGAGCCCGUAGCACGAACUUGAAAUUCCAUUAGUUCAGCUUUCUUAUUUCCAGUUUGCUACGGUGAAACGUGUCCAGCCUCGUCAAUGCCUGAGCGUUGAUCUGUCACUAGCGUGGAUGGCCAAAUAUAAACAUUCACAUUUCCACCAGCUAUAAUAUCUUUACUCUCACUCCUCGUCGUCCUGAUCCUGACCAUGGACAUAAUCUCCAAGUUCGUAGAGACCGGUGUUGCGGCCAUCAACCUAAGAACUCUAGCAGCAUUCGCGCCUAUUCUAGAUGAAAGAAAGGCAGAGAUAGAGAAGAUAGAACGCAAGACUUUUGUAUAUGAUGACAAGCGUCGCACCAGGAAUGAGCUUGACGUCUAUUACCCGCCAAACUCGACUCUCACCAAGAGUGGGAAGACACCAAUCCUAUUUUUCGUCUAUGGAGGUGGAUACAACUCUGGAUCCAAAGAAUUUCCUGAACCAUUUUCUAUGGGAUACCGCGCGCUUGGAUCUUUCUUUGCGCAACACGGCUUCAUCACCGUCAUUCCAGACUACAGACUUGUUCCGGAGGUCAAGUUCCCGGCUUCAUCCGAGGACAUUCGUGAUGCGGUCAAUUGGGUUUGCGCCAACGUCGACGUUAUUGGCGUACCCUCGAUUCCCGCGCCUGAUGUAGAUGCUAUAUUUAUCAUGGGUCACUCGGCGGGUGACGUGCACACGAAAUUGUUGAGCCUUUACCCACCGGUUUCGGGUACCGUAAAUCCUCGUUUUAAAGGCGUCAUCUGGUGUGCUGGAAGUUGGUUCAUCGUUGACGAUAAGAAAAGAUUUAGGGUCGAAGUCCCCGCAGCACAGUACUUUGGUUCUCAGGAGCAACAGAGGGAGAGGGAGCCGAGGGCUCUUUGGAAUGCUCUAUCCGAUGAACAGAUCAAAGACCUCCCUGAUAUUCUCCUUGUCAGGGCAGAGCGAGAACCUGACUGGCUGACGCUAUCGUGGGAGGAGAUAAUACCAGAUAUCGAGAAGCGGCGUGGAGAGGCGCCCCAGAUGAUCAUUAGCAAAGGCCACAAUCAUAUCAGCCCUAACUGGGCUCUAUGUUCCGGUCAAGGAGAAGAAUGGGGAGAAGAGGUUGUGAAAUGGAUGAAAGUUAGAAUUAACUAGCCUCUACUUCCAGUUCUGAGCCAGAAGUCUUGAAGAUUACUGCGUCAGAGUUGUAUAAUCGUACAGUUGGCAAUUGUUGGAUGUUGAUGAAUAGUUUGUCUUUUCCCUAGAUCUUAGUUAUUGCAGUCUGAUACAUAUGUCGCCUCUUUAUCCAGGAAGUCAAUUUCACGUGACUGGCAAGACGCGUUACCAGCUUUGGCAUUCUGUAUUUACCACUUCGAGUUUCAACGUUCAUGUCGCACCCAUGGUC